GAUCCUAUUAGCAGAUUAGCCAACAGGUGGCCUAUCUUUUCCUUAAGGGUUCUUAUAUUACACAUUGUCCUCUAUGGAGACAGCAAAUUCGAGCCGUCUUGCAAAGUCGGUGACGACGACAGAACAUGACGGUGAGGGUGCGCCAACCACCCUUGGGGGCACUGAAACCUUUAAUCAAUGUGAGCAGGGGGGUAGUGAGGCGGACACCAAGUUUGAUAUCAAUGCUCAGGCCUACUUGGAAUCGUCUGUGAUGGACAUACUUACUCAGGGACUAGAAGACUUAUGUCGUAUGAGACCUGCAAAUCCAAUUGAUUACCUAGCUUUUUAUUUGCUACGGCGCUCUCCGUCUAGUAAUGUUGUAGAAGUACCCUAUAGCGAUACAAAACCGCAGGUGCAGACUGCCCCGCCUCCAAGGGUUUAAUAGUUUUAUUAGUAUCAGAUGAUUUCUUUGAUUUUCUCUUAUGGAUGAGGUUAGUAUUGACGUCAUGUCGUAUGUAAAGCUGUAUUGAGGCACAACAGGCAUGUGUUCCCACAAUUGCAAAGGAAGUAACCA